AUGGGGGACGAUCCAGGCAGGCUUUAUCGUUUGGAUGGAGUUGUGCAUAUCGCCGGUGUGAUCAACGACGAGCCUCGUCGUUGCAUAUCCAGCGUUAGGCGGCAGCAAGGGAUGCGUCUUGAUGAGAGGUACGUUCCGUACUUGCAGAUGGCCGGAUUGCACCAUCUUGCGAGACUGAACGACAGAUGGUUCCGACUAGACGAGCCCCUAGUCAGCGCAUUCGUCGAGAGGUGGCGGCCUGAGACGCACACCUUCCACAUGCCGUUCGGAGAGUGCACCAUCACGCUUCAGGACGUCGCAUACCAGCUGGGGUUGCCAGUGGACGGAGAUUACGUCAGUGGUUGCCUGACAGACUUCCACCUUUACAUUGAGGGUGGGAGACCAGCUUGGCAGUGGUUCCAUGAGUUGCUCGGUGUUGUACCUCCCGAGAACCAGGUGCAGAAAUUCGCAGUUAACUGCACCUGGUUUCAGGAGACCUUUGGAGAGUGUCCAGACGGGGCUGAUGAGGAGACAGUUAGGCGCUUUGUCCGUGCCUAUAUCAUGAUGUUAUUGGGCACGCAGCUGUUUGCCGACAAGUCCGGCAAUCGUAUAUACAUCAGAUGGCUACCCUAUGUUGCUCGGCUUGAGGAGAUGGGGGUGGAGCUUUUGGAGAUUAUUUCGUAG